AGACAAAACAUCGCCAUGAGAUCGGCGCGAAAGAUACAGAACCUUCGUAAUCAUGAUCUUAUCAAACAGCAUGUCAUUCCAAUUGCUUUAGGUGGACCAACGAAUUGCUAUGACAAGCUAUUGGAAAACAUAG